AAGUUCAUCACCAAAACAUUUACCAAACAAAAUAUUCUGCAAAGCUCCAAAAGAUGGCAAGUAGAAGAGCAAGAUGCAGUCAGUGUGGAAGGGCUAUACAAGUGCCCGUAGAAGUAGAAGCCUAUGCCUCUUCCAUAACUAUUAUAUGUUCUGGAUGCCAUUCCCAGGGCUUCAACCAACAACCAUCACUCCGACCCAAUUACUCUUCUGUCGAUAACAACAACAACAUAACUUCCUUCACAAACUAUCCUCCUCCUCCUACCUAUGGGAGACAACAGUUUUGGCAACAGCCACUGAGGGGCCCACAACCUUCAAUGACACCUCCUUCUCCAUAUGGUAACAAAAGGGCUGUCUUAUUUGGCAUUAGUUAUGGUAAUCGGGUUAACAGAAUUAAAGGUUCUCUCAAUGAUGUUCACUGCAUGAAAUACUUUCUUACUGAGAAGUUGGGUUUUCCUGCUAAUUCCAUUCGCAUGCUCACAGAUGAUCCAGGGGAGAGAAAUCAGAUGAGAAUCCCAACAAAAUAUAACAUGAGAAUGGCAAUGAGGUGGUUGGUUGAGGGCUGCCAACCAGGGGACUCAUUGGUGCUUCACUUCUCAGGACAUGGAUCAAGGGAAGUUGACCGUAGCAUGGAUGAGGUUGAUGGGUAUGAUGAAGCAAUAUGCCCCGUUGAUUACGAGCACGAAGGGAAGAUUGUUGACGAUGAGAUCAACUCUACAAUUGUUAGGCCUCUACCUCAAGGUGCCAAACUCCAUGCUGUCAUUGAUACAUGCUUUAGUGGGACAGUUCUUGAUUUACCAUUUAUGUGCAGGAUUAACCGAAAAGGUUAUUAUGGAUGGGAAGAUCAUAGAAGUUCUAGAGCUGGCUACAAGGGCACUAGAGGUGGGCUAGCAGUUUGUUUUUCAGCUUGUGAUGAUGAUGGAAAUGCAGCAGACACAUCGGCCUUUAGUGGUAGUGAAAGUGCUGGUGCCUUGACUUACAGUUUCAUCCAAGCCAUGCAAGUUCAACCUAAACUGACUUAUGGUCAAUUGCUUAGUGCCAUGCGUUCUACAAUCCGUGGGGCAAGAGAAGGAACUUUUGGCACGGAUUAUCAACAGCAUGCCAUGGACAAUCGGCAGCAGUAUGCUCAUGAUCCACAGCUGUCGUCUUCUGAGAAAUUCGAUAUUUAUUCGAAGUUUAUUGUAAUGUGAUGCAUAAUUAACAGUGGCUUUGGAAAAUAAAAUGAAUAAAAGGAAUAGGCGAUGUUGGUAGAAAAUAAAAUAGUAUCGAUUUGGGAAAGGAAAAUAAGUGCUGUAGUACUACCACCUCACUGUGCCAAUGGUUACUACCACAUUUGCCGCAUUUGCGAAUGCCUUUCCUUAUCAUCUAUUUUUGUCUAUUUGUAAUAAUUGGAAUAAUUGAUUCAAGCUUGAUUAUGCUACCCCAAAAAAUUGUUCUGCUUUGAAAAAA